UCUAACACAUAAGCAAAGGAAGCCAAAAGAAAAUAAAAUGGCUUUCUCACGCCUUUCCUUUGCUGCUUCUCUCGUUGUCUUCUCAUCCCUAAUCAUAUCCUCAGUUGCUAAUUACGGCAACGAAGUCAACCCCGAUACCGGAAAAUUUAUUCCUGUCGCCGUUGAAGGUGUCAUCAUGUGCAAGUCCGGUGACAAAUCUUACCCAAUUCAAGGUGCUACGGCAAGAAUUGCAUGUGUGAAGACAGACGCAUAUGGCAAAGAAAUAGUUCCAAUCUCAAUAAUGAGCAGCAAAACUGAUGCUAAAGGUUACUUCUUCGCCACGUUAUUCCCUUCACAGCUUCGUGCAGGAAGGACGGUCACCAAGUGCAAAGUUUUCCUUUACCAGUCUCCAAUCGCUGAUUGCGAUUUCCCGACCGAUGUGAACAAGGGUGUGAGAGGAAUGUCAUUGAACAAAUACCGUGUUCUUGAAGACAAGAGCUUCAAACUUUACUGGGCUGGUCCUUUCUUCUACACCUCUGAACCUACUUACUACUAAACAAAGUUUCUUUUGAUUGACGUGAAAUGUAACUUUGAGAGUCCUUUUGUUUGUUUGAUUCGUUGUCUGAAAAUGAGCCGAGACUUUUUAUGUUUUUUAUAGUCUUUCUUGGAAACUUUUACAUAUAUAUAAACCGUGUUGUGAAGUA